CCCAUAAAUGCCGCAUCUGAACUCAUGUGUGGCGGCGGCAGGACUGAAUGAUCCUCGGGAGUGGAAGGAAGAAGAGGUGGCCCAGGGCUUUGUGCGUCCCAUACAUCUAGGCUACUGGGAUAUAGCCUACCAUCACAAUUUCAGUCGGUCAAAAAUCGGCGCGGUUAUUUUUGUCGUGCUAACGCGUUAAGUAAGAUUCACCCAUUUCUCAGCCUACCUGGCAAACAGCCUUCGAACUACGAAGACCAUCUUCAAUUUGUAGCGCUAUAGCCUAUAUUUCACCUAAGCUAGCUAACAUCUGUGGAACAUGCAUCGCCUACCUUCCUCGGCAAAUCGCUCCUUGAUCGCAGGUGCUCUUGAGCAGUACCAGGCUUUAGUGAUGCGACGAAAGUCGCAAUCACUCCGUCAGGAAUCUGUGAGAUUCAAGACACAAGGGCCCAUUGAAUCCUAUGGGCUGAAGCGGUACAGCACAAGAGAGGCUGCCGUGGCCGCAAAAAGCAAGCUUCGAGAGAAGACCCUGACCAUGGAGACUCUGAAUCCGCAGGUGAAAGCGGUGGAGUAUGCUGUCAGGGGACCGAUUGUCAUCAAAGCAGACGAAAUCGAGAGAUGCUUGCGGGAGGGCGGGAAGCAGCCUUUCAGCGAAGUGAUCAAAGCGAACAUAGGAGACGCUCAUGCUAUGGGACAACAGCCAAUCACAUUUCUCCGUCAGGUUGUGGCUCUGUGCACAUUCCCUGAGCUGAUGGACAGUCCCAGUUUCCCUGACGAUGCCAAACAGCGGGCACACCGUAUCCUGCAAGGAUGUGGCGGCACCAGUCUUGGCUCGUAUUCUGCCAGUGCGGGUGUGGACUGCAUCAGGAAGGACAUUGCUGCCUACAUUGAGCAGAGGGACCAGGGCGUACCUGCUGACCAUGACAACAUCUUCCUCACCACCGGAGCCAGCGACGGCAUCGUGAGCAUCCUGCGUAUGCUGGUGUCGGGCUCCGGCCCCUCCCGUACGGGCGUGAUGAUCCCCAUCCCCCAGUACCCGCUCUACUCAGCCGCGCUGGCCGAAAUGGAGGCGGUGCAGGUCAACUACUACCUGGACGAGGAAAACUGCUGGGCCCUGGACGUCAAUGAGCUGCACCGCGCCUACCAGGCCGCCAAGGAGCACUGCAUCCCCCGCGCCAUCUGCAUCAUCAACCCAGGAAACCCCACUGGUCAAGUUCAGAGCAGAAAGUGUAUAGAGGAGGUGCUGCACUUUGCCUACGAGGAAAACCUCUUUGUCAUGUCUGACGAGGUUUAUCAGGACAACGUGUAUGCCCCCGGCUGCCAGUUCCACAGCUUCAAGAAGGUUCUGUAUGAGAUGGGGCCUGAGUACUUCAACAACGUGGAGCUAGCCUCCUUCCACUCCACCUCCAAGGGCUACACUGGAGAGUGUGGGUUCAGGGGGGGCUACAUGGAGGUCCUGAACCUGUGCCCAGAGGUGAAGGCUCAGCUCAUGAAGCUGCGCUCAGUGCAGCUGUGCCCCCCCGUGUCUGGACAGGCCGCCAUGGACGUCAUCGUCAACCCCCCGCAGCCACACGAGCCUUCCUUCAACACCUUUCAAAAGGAGAAAGCUGAAGUGCUGGGAGCACUGGCAGAGAAGGCCAAGCUAACGGAGGAGAUCCUGAACUCUGUGCCGGGUAUCCACUGCAACCCUGUUCAGGGCGCCAUGUACGCCUUCCCCAGGCUCUUCAUCCCACCCAAGGCAGUGGAGCAGGCACAGGCCCUAGGAAUGAAGCCAGACAUGCUCUACUGCCUUCGACUGCUGGAGGAGACUGGAAUAUGUCUGGUACCAGGAAGUGGCUUUGGGCAGAGGGAUGGCACAUACCAUUUCAGGAUGACUAUCCUGCCAUCUAAAGAGAAGCUGAAGAUCUUGUUGGAUAAAGUGCGAGACUUCCACAUUCAGUUCCUCAAGGAGUAUGAAGGCACGGUGGAGGCGUCGCGAGAAUAAAAACUCAGUCAACAAACGCACAAGAACCCACAUACAGGCGCUUAGGGUGUUUUCACACCUGGUUCCUUUCAGCCAUUUAAGUGAACUCAGACCUGUAACUCAGCCUUUUCUGUGCAUAUGUGAAGUGUACCCAGACCCCUUAGAAGUGAACCGUGCUGAGACCUUGAUUGGCGUUGUCUCAGUACAAUUUGCUGAGUCCUGACAAGUUACACUUGUGACUAGGUGUAAUCUCUUGAGGAUAGCUCUAGAGGACCGGGUGUGAUCAAAAAGAGGACUCAUACACCAUAAAAGCCUUACAGGACCAGAAAGAUUAGACAUUUUUUGUAAUACACUCAUAGUAUGAACAAAAACAGAGCUGAGUCCUUUUGCUGUCGGUUCACUUUUUGGUCCAGUUAAAGACAACUGAGUUCGGUUCACUUAAAGGGGACCAGGUGUGAAAAUGCCCUAAGACACACGCACACACAGACUCACUGUCACACGCACACAUGGGCCCCAAUUACCAGCAUAGUGUGGCCAGUAACAAUUGUUGGACUCUAAACACACUAACCAUGAAAUUAACUUGAUGUUGGUGUUGAGAUUUGAAGAUGUGAUCGCUCUUGGAGAUGGAGGUUAAAGACAGCUCAGCAUGAGGUAUAAUGAGAUGUUUGUGCCUUUGAGAUAUUGAGAUGACAUGAAGGUAGUUAACGACGACUAGAGAGGGAAGGAAGUAUAUUUAUUAGUGGAACUAGACGAUAUAUCGGUUGCCUGCUCUUUUUAUGUUAAAGGAGGUAAGGAUGACUUGGGAAAUAACUUUUUUUUAGUUUGUUUUGUUUUGUAGUUCUUGUUUGGUCAUGUUUUAGUUUUAGUUUUCGUUUUUGUUUGUCUCUUCUCAUAUGGUCCUCAGACCAGUUUUCCAUUUUGUCUCCACUCUGUUCUGUUUCAAGUCUCACCUUGAGGACCAAACCGGAGUGUCACCAUUUUCCACUGUAUAAACUGACAUGGGUGCCUACUGUAUUAGUUGGCUGUCGUGACACAGUGGACAGAUCACACAUUAACAUAUUUUUUUGCCGUGACAAAAGAGAGCUGUUUUGUUGAGCUAUCGGCUAUUGAUUUGCACAUAGUGGGAAGGGGUCUGUGUUGGGUACUUCUGAAGUGGAGAUGGUGAAGGAUUGGGAUGGUGAGGGUGGGCUAUCGCAUGAAGUAUGAAUGACAACAGAUGUUGGGAAUAUCCAAAAGGGAAGAACAUUGGAGCCACAGUAUUGUUUGUGCUUUUUCUGACAAAAUGAACUUUUUUUACUCCAGUUUUGGAACAAGAUCCAUACCUUGAAAAGCUGUUGCAGUUAUUUAAGACGAGCGCAGAAAUGUCUGUCUGAAAAUAAAAUUUCUGCUGAUUUAAUUUUGCCGUUACAAUGUUUUGAGUUUACAGAGAGAAACUACUUUUAAUGAACUACUUCCCACAUAACAUAUUAUUUAAUAGAGUAUGAAUUGGAUGCAAUUGAAGUUACAGUAACAAUAUCAGACUAUAUCUGGACACUAUCUGCCAAAGUCUGAGCGUUUUUGUUUACCACAACUAGCUCUUUUUCUACACAAUAUUUCUCAGGAGGGAUAUGUGUGGGGUGGGGACAUUUCCCUCUUGUGGAGGUGCCUUCUCUUGGAUUUCUGCUCUUUUGUUUGGUAGCUUGUUUUUGUGUGUCAAUUUUGUUUACAGAUGGAAGAGAAAAUGUAAGCAUGCAGAUUCUACUUUCAAUAGGUUUGCAUGAUUACAUUGUGACCAUUGCAGCAGCGCACAUUUGGAUAUUUAUACUCUCUAUCACAUCUUUUUUCUCUCUGUUUUUCUUUCACAAUCUUUUACAUAAUUUCUGUUACGUCUUUGUUUGUUUUUCACUUCGAACGUGCAUUUGCUGCUGACCCGCCUUCAUCAAACUCAACUUUUAUUUCGUCAUGCAACUGUAUCUAGACUGUUAAACAAUGGCUGUUUACUUUUUAAAUGUUUAACUUUUGCCAGUCUUCAGUUUGUUUUGUACAAAUACAGUAAAUGCAAGAUGUCAAACA